CCGGAAGCAGCUGGCCGUGCUGCCGGCGGCGGGCAGGGGCGCUCCGCCAUGGCCCGGGGACUGCAGGCUGCCGCCGGACACAUCGCCGCACCGCCUCGGUGCCCGCCUCGCUGAGUCGCUCCGUUCGCCUGCAGCCCGCCAUGGGCUCACUGUUCCGCGGCGAGCCGAUGUGCCUGGCGCAGCUCUUCCUGCAGAGCGGCUCGGCCUACGAGUGCCUCAGCGAGGUGGGCGAGCGUGGCCUGGCCGAGUUCAGAGAUCUCAACCCAAAUGUAAGUGUGUUUCAGAGAAAAUUUGUGAAUGAAGUGAAGAAGUGUGAAGAAAUGGAAAGAAUACUGGGGUAUUUAGUACAAGAAAUUAAAAAGGCGGAUAUUCCACUUCCUGAAGGAGAUGUUGCUCCUCCUGCCCCUUUGCUGAAACACAUUUUAGAAAUCCAGGAACAGCUGCAGAAACUGGAGACAGAAUUGAGGGAAAUAACUAGAAACAAAGAGAAGUUGAGGAGAAACCUGCUGGAACUGACGGAAUACAUGUGCAUGUUAGACGUGACUCAAAGAUUUGUCAGGAGGACAGCAGAGUAUGAAUCCCAAUUACAUGCAAAUUAUGAAGAGUUUCCAUCCAUGGAAAAUGAGCCAUUAGUGGAUUACAACUGUAUGCACAGACUGGGUGCCAAGCUGGGGUUCAUAUCUGGGUUAGUUCACAUGGCAAAAGUUGAAGCAUUUGAGAAAAUGCUGUGGCGAGCGUGUAAAGGCUACACUAUUCUUACCUAUGCAGAGCUCGACGAGUGUCUGGAGGAUCCUGAUACAGGUGAAACCACAAAGUGGUUUGUGUUUUUAGUGUCCUAUUGGGGUGAACAAAUUGGUCAGAAAGUUAAGAAGAUUUGUGAUUGCUAUCACUGUCAUGUGUAUCCCUAUCCAAAUAGCACAGAGGAGCGCAGUGCAGUUGUUGAAGGACUAAAUGUUCGUAUUCAGGAUCUUCACACUGUGCUGCAUAAAACCGAGGAUUACUUACGCCAAGUCUUGUGUAAAGCAUCUGAAUCAGUCUACACGUGGGUUAUCCAAGUGAAGAAGAUGAAAGCCAUUUAUCAUGUACUCAACCUGUGCAGUUUUGAUGUCACAAAUAAAUGUUUAAUUGCUGAGGCUUGGUGUCCAGUGGCUGAUCUGCAAAAUUUGCGCCAUGCAUUGGAGGAAGGUUCAAGGAAGAGUGGAGCUACCAUUUCUUCAUUCAUGAAUACCAUCUCAACAACACAACCUCCUCCAACUUUGAUACGUACCAAUAAAUUUACCUCAGGAUUCCAAAACAUUGUUGAUGCCUAUGGAGUUGGAAACUAUGGGGAAGUGAAUCCAGCUCUCUAUACCAUCAUCACUUUUCCUUUCUUGUUUGCGGUGAUGUUUGGAGACUUUGGCCAUGGUCUGCUAAUGUUCAUAUUUGCACUGCUGACAAUACUGUAUGAAAAGCACCCUAGAUUGCAAAGAUCACAAGAUGAGAUUAUGAAAAUGUUAUUUGAAGGCCGAUAUGUUAUUUUGUUAAUGGGUCUGUUUUCUGUCUACACUGGAUUGAUCUACAAUGACUGUUUCUCAAAGUCGUUAAAUAUAUUUGGUUCUGGAUGGAACGUUUCAGCAAUGUUUGAAGAGAAGGUUUGGAGUCCUGAAGAUCUGCAGAAAAAUCAAUACUUAGCAUUGGAUCCAAAUGUUACUGGUGUAUACAAUGGAGUUUAUCCCUUUGGAAUUGAUCCGAUAUGGAAUUUAGCAAGCAACCGCCUCAGUUUUCUAAAUUCCUUCAAAAUGAAAAUGUCUGUGAUUUUUGGAGUGGCUCACAUGACAUUUGGAGUUGUGCUGGGGGUAUUUAACCACUUGCAUUUCAAGAAGACAUACAAUAUUUAUUUGGUUUUUCUUCCUGAACUUUUAUUCAUGAUGUGCAUCUUUGGCUACCUUGUCUUUAUGAUAUUCUUUAAAUGGCUAGCAUACUCUGCAGAGGACUCCACUUCUGCUCCUAGUAUCCUGAUUCAGUUUAUUAACAUGUUCCUGUUUACUGGUGGUGAAACAGAUGUCUUCUACACUGGACAGAUUGGUCUGCAGAGGUUUUUACUUAGUAUUGCUUUUCUUUGUGUUCCUGUAUUGCUUUUUGGUAAACCUCUGUAUUUAUACUGGUUGCACAGUGGAGGCCGAGGCAUUAGAAUGUACAGGAGUGGCUACAAGCUAAUUCGGAAAGAAAGUGAAGAAGAGCUUUCUCUGCUGAGAUGUCAUGAUGUAGAAGAAGGAAGCAGUCAUUUGGACAGUGGGCACAAAGAGGGGGAUGGAGAGGAGUUCAAUUUUGCAGAGACGUUUAUGAAUCAAGCAAUUCAUACCAUUGAAUACUGUCUAGGAUGUGUUUCUAAUACAGCCUCAUAUCUGAGACUCUGGGCAUUAAGUCUUGCUCAUGCACAGUUGUCAGAAGUUCUGUGGCAAAUGGUGAUGAGAGUGGGUCUUCGUGUGGAUACAACAUAUGGUGUCUUACUGCUAGUCCCUGUACUAGCCUUCUUUGCUGUGCUGACAGUUUCUAUUCUUCUGGUCAUGGAGGGACUUUCUGCUUUUCUCCAUGCUAUACGACUUCACUGGGUGGAAUUUCAGAACAAAUUCUACUCUGGUGGAGGAUACAGGUUUACACCUUUCUCUUUUAAGCACAUUUCUUUACAUUUUAAUAAAGAUGAUAUGGCAUAGUUUGGUUGCUGUCAGCAGAAAUGUUUGGAAUUGUCUGCAAAUAAUCAUGUGAUUUGCUCUUGCCUAGGAACGGUUUCCUGUAAGACAUGGUGUUUUUCACUGAUUGCCUUAUAAUGCAGCCAAAUAAUUUGUAAUAUAUACCUCCCAUAGAAAUACCUAGCAGACCUGGAGCAUCUUGUAAAAUAUAUAGAUAUGAAAUGUACAUUUUUCUUGAUGAACUAAUGUUGUAAAUUAAUUUUAUUCUUAAAAAAAGAAGUUGUUACUGCUUCUUCUAAAACUGAUGUAGGCAUUUUUUUUUGUUGAGAGUGGUUCUUUUCUUGAAUGAUUCUUUUUAAUUUAUCUGAAGUACUUUUUAUCCUAUUAGACAUCCAUUCAUUACUAAUCACAACCUUAACCUCCCACCUCAUGCACUUUGGGAACAAUUCAACAACGCAGAAGCAGCAAAGUACAUUUUUAGUGUUUGAGAAGGAUUAUCAAAUGUACAUUUACACAUAUCAAUGCAACAUCCUCUUUUCUGGCCAUACUUAACUGUUUAUGCCAGGUUCUGCCCAAAGUUAACUCAUCUUUCAGAUCCCACAGUGCUAAUAGAUAGUGCUAUGGAAGAAGGCAGGAUCAGAAGUGGGGACUGGAAAUUUUAGUCUUCUUUCUGUGUAGUGGGGAGCAGCGUGAUGCAUGCUGCUCUGCAAAGUGAGGUGUGUGCAGCCUUCACUGGUGACCUUGAUGGGUAAAAGCCUUGGAAAAAGUCUUUACCCAGACCAUGUUAAGACUCAAAUAAAAGGCUCAAAUUGCUAGACAUUUUUAUCCCAAAUUCUUUAUUAGGGUGGGGAGUUUUCACUCCUGGGAAUAGCUUUGGCAGGGGGAAUAAAGAAUUAGCCUUGAUCCAUGUUUACCUGUUAUGUGCUGUUGAACCAAAGUGGGAGGAGAGGGAUGGUUUUGUGUUAUUUUUGAGUAUCAGGGUGAAAAUGGGGAUGUUGCCAUCGGUUUACACCUGUGCCAUACGAACAGCCUCACUUUUGCACUUGUUUCACGUCCGUUCCCAAUAAAAGCUCGUUUGCGCUGUUCACAGCGGGCCCCUA